CUGGGGAGCCAGUGGGCAGGAUGGCCGAGGGCAAGGCGGGCGGUGCCGCGGGCCUCUUCGCCAAGCAGGUGCAGAAGAAGUUCAGCAGGGCCCAGGAGAAGGUACUGCAAAAAUUGGGGAAAACUGUUGAAACUAAAGAUGAGCGAUUUGAACAGAAUGCUGCCAACUUCUACCAACAGCAGGCAGAAGGCCACAAACUGUACAAGGACCUCAAGAGCUUCCUUAGUGCCGUCAAAGAGAUGCACCAGAGCUCCAGGAGAGUGUCGGAAACUCUGCAGGAGAUCUACAGCAGCGAGUGGGAUGGGCGCGAGGAGCUGGAAGCCAUCGUGGGAAAUAAUGAUCUCCUUUGGGAAGACUACGAAGAGAAAUUGGCAGACCAGGCUGUGCGGACUAUGGAAAACUAUGUGGCCCAGUUCAGCGAGAUUAAGGAGAGAAUUGCUAAGCGGGGUCGGAAACUUGUGGACUAUGACAGUGCCCGACACCACCUGGAGGCCUUGCAGAAUGCUAAGAAGAAAGAUGAGGUCAAGAUUGCCAAGGCAGAGGAGGAGUUCAGCAAAGCCCAGACUGUGUUUGAAGAUCUGAACCAGGAACUACUGGAGGACCUGCCUGUCCUUUAUAAUAGUCGCAUUGGCUGUUAUGUGACCAUCUUCCAGAACAUUUCCAAUCUGAGGGAUGUAUUCUACAGGGAGAUGAGCAAGCUGAACCACAACCUAUAUGAAGUGAUGAGCAAGCUGGAGAAGCAGCAUUCCAACAAGGUCUUCGUGGUGAAGGGCCUGUCGAGCAACAGCAGGCGCUCUUUGGUCAUCUCUUCCCCAGUUCGAACCCCCUCUUUGGUCUCCAGCCCACCGACCUCGCCCUCCAGUCCCGCUGGGCUCUCCCCAACUGCACUCUCUGCGACCAGCGAGAGUGAAUCUGAGGCCACCCCGGGGGAUGAGUCUGAGGUCAAAGCCAAGUCUCUACAAGACGGGGAAUCGGAGGGGUCCCCCGAAGCCAGCUCCUCUGAGGAGGAAGAGCCAGAGGAGCAAGAGCCUGGGCCAGCCUGCAACGGCCCAGUCCAGGCGCCGCCUUCCCCCACCGAGGGGUCCAGGCCUCAGGAGGGAGUUCUGCAGAGCUCCCCGGUGCCAUCACCCAGGGGGGCCCUGACCCCUUCAGAGCAGCCAUCCUCCUCCUUCCCAGAGGUAGUCCUCCGCCCCCGCACCGCAAGUGAGGGAGCUGAACAGCCCAAGAAGGGAGCCUCCAUCCAGAGGAGCUCAGCACCCCCUGGCCGGCCUCCUCCACCCAAAGGCCCUCCGAGCCCCAAGCCUUGCUCAGGGAAUGAGUCCUGCAGCCCUCCACCCUCUGGCGGGGCUCCAGUCCCCAAUUCAGGGGCCUCCUCAGAAGCUUUUCCCAAUGCAGAAGCCCCAGAGAAGCCUCUGAGAACCCCUGAGGUCAGGGAGAAGGAGGGCACCCACAGCCUUAGCCCAGAAGACCUUUGCACUUCCCCCGCCUUGAGCACCUCCCAGGAGCAAGGCCUUCAAAGUCAUGACUCUUUGGAUCCAGCAAAGAACAUCACUGUACCUGAGCCUCAAGAACAGGAAUCUGCAAGUGAGAAUGAGUAACUGCAGAAAGGACAUUUCCCUCUCAUCUCCCUAAAGAAGCAAUCACUGCAACAGGCAGAAGCGCAUGAGGGUCUCAGCAGUGUGAGUGCAGGCUGCCUCUGGAGACCUGGCGUUACUGGAGUCUACAUUGCAGCCAGAGGGAGAGGAGGAUGUCAGACUCAGGGGGUAAUUUACUUAAGGCUUGAGCAUUGUUACAAUGAGGCUUUAAAGGCAGAGUUAUGACGACGCUAAAAGGCAAAAGUACGUGUGGACUUACACUCGUCCACAGAGACACAGCCACACCUUCUCAGAGGGGGAGGGCGAAACACAUCUGAACUGUCACUCCACUGGCGAGACUUACAGCCGAAAGAAGAGAUUUUAAAUAAAGUGUGAUUAUUUUUGACUA